AUGGCACCUAUCACCGAUCAACAUGUCGAGGACCUGAAAGACCUGGUCCACAAGCUCGAGGCUCGAGUUUGGUCUCUCGAACGACGAUUAGAAGGCGAAAAGAAGACCUCGCUCACGGAUUCUAUGCGCAUGAUUCUCAUCGGUCCCCCGGGCGCAGGCAAGGGAACUCAAGCUCCCCGGAUCAAAGAAAAAUACUGCGUGUGUCAUCUGGCUACUGGUGACAUGCUUCGAGCGCAAGUCGCGAAAAAGACUCCCUUGGGAAGAGAGGCCAAGAAGAUCAUGGAUCAAGGUGGUCUGGUCAGUGACGACAUCAUGAUCAACAUGAUCAAGAACGAGUUGGACACGAACAGAGAAUGCGCCAAUGGUUUCAUCCUUGACGGCUUCCCCCGAACGGUCGCCCAAGCCGAAGGCCUCGACUCCAUGCUUGAGGCAGAGAAAAAACCUCUAAAGCACGCAAUCGAACUCCAGAUCGACGACGGCCUGCUGGUCUCCCGCAUCACCGGCCGUUUGAUCCAUCCAGCCUCGGGCCGGAGUUAUCACAAGGUCUUCAAUCCACCAAAGGAGCCCAUGAAGGACGAUAUCACUGGAGAGCCUCUUAUCCAAAGAACCGAUGAUAAUGCCGAAACUCUUAAGAAGAGAUUGGGAACAUAUCACCAACAGACGAGCCCAGUGGUUGCCUACUACAAAAACAAGGGCAUUUGGUCUGGGGUUGACGCCAGCCAAGACCCAGAGCAUGUUUGGAAGAGUAUUCUGUCUGUUUUCGGCGAUGCGAAGACUCCGGCUACUGGCAGCAUCCUGAGCAAGAUUGGAUUGCGGUAG